ACUCCUCUAUGGUGGUGUCAGAACCUCCCACCACCCGGUCUUGCCCCACCGCAUCCCCACAGUCUGGCGGGACACGCAUGGGAUGACAAGCAAUAUGGUAUCACAAAUCAUGUCACCUACUUUCCAUGAUGGAACCAGUUUGGCCAGCAUUGAAGAGAAAAGGUGGAGGGAGUGACAGAGGAUUGGAUACCAGUGCCUGUAGUGUGAAUGGAGUUCAGAUUCAGGCGGAGACACUAAAGCACAGCGAACGGACAGAGACUGGAGAGAGACUUACCAAGCUAUAGAAUCUCUCCUGUAGAAUUGACCCAGAUCCCAGUGAGGCCACCUGUCCCCAGAGGGCCACAGUAACUGUAGGCUUCCAAACACACAGAUGGAACAUGACCAGAACAGUGACCUCCCACCACCAUACUACUCAGUAGCAGUGCCCACCCAGCCCCCUCCUGAGUAUGGAGAGGUGGUGGGGGCCAGAGGGAUGUCUGACCCCCCUUCUCAGCCUUACUACAUCCCCCAGCCUAUGGCACAUGUAAAUGUCGUCCAUGUUUCCCAGGGCGCCCCCCAACGUCGUAAAAAGUGCUUAUCAUGUGGGAACAGUUCCUGCUGUUACGGAGGAUCAGGAGGGACCACCCUACUGCUGGUCCUCCUCGCUAUCGCUAUCUGGCUGGGAGUGCGUUAUGGCCCAUCCCUGGUGUCUGGCUCCCUGAGCGAGAUGGAGAAAGACAGUUGCCCCUCCAACACCGUGGAGUGUGACGGACGACGAGACUGCAAACUGGGCAGUGAUGAGACCAAUUGUGUAAGGUUCAGGUCGAAUGGGGGUCUCCAGGUGAAGACAAGCAGCGCUGGUAAUUUCCUCCCUGUGUGUUACAGUGGCUGGAACAAGGGCCUGGCUGACCAGACCUGUGCUCAACUAGGCUUCAGAGUGAGUCAUAGCACCAGCAGUGUGAAAGAUGAGUCCUCUACCACUCUCACUGUGACAGGGAAGACCUUCAACACCAUCCAGGAUAAGGUGUCAGUAAACUCAUCCUGCCCUAACAAUGAAACUGUCUCCCUGCAGUGUAUCAACUGUGGCAGGCAGAAGGUGUCCAGAAUCAUAGGGGGAUCAGCAGCGAAUCUGGGCGAUUGGCCUUGGCAGGUCAGCCUCCACUUUCAGCGCUCUCACACCUGCGGGGGCACGCUGAUCGCUCCUGACUUUGUGGUGACAGCAGCCCACUGCUUCCCCAGGAAGGUCUCAUCGUACCUGGUGCCCAAUAACUGGCAUGUGUAUGUGGGCAUGGUUUCUCAGAUGGUGCUGCCUCGCCCUUAUAUGGUGGAGAAGAUCAUUGUCCAUGAGAGCUAUGACGACAAAACCAACAACUAUGACAUCACCCUUCUCAAACUCACACAGCGUGUAGACUACUCCAACAACAUCCAGCCUGUGUGCCUGCCUGCCUAUGACAAGAUCUUCUCUCCUGGAACAAGAUGUUGGACCUCUGGAUUUGGGACAACAGAAGCGGGGGCAGCUCAUGGCUCCACGAAUCUUAUGGGGGUGUCUGUAGACAUCAUUGACUCCAGCGUGUGUAACAGUAACACAGUGUACAAUGGUAAGGUCUCUCAGAACAUGUUCUGUGCUGGAGACAUGGAAGGAGGCAAGGACUCCUGCCAGGGGGACAGUGGUGGUCCCCUGGUGUGUAAAGACUCAGACCAGCUCUGGUACCUGGCGGGGGUGACCAGCUGGGGGGAAAGCUGUGGCAAGAGAAACAGACCGGGGGUCUAUAGUCGUGUCAGCCGCCUGCUGCCCUGGAUUUACAGUAAGAUGCAGCAAGCAAGACCGUGAUGUGACCACAGCUGCUGUCUUCCAAGGACGCUCAGCAUGUAUUUUGGACCUGACAAUGAGAUUGAUACUGGUGUGAAACUUACAAUCCUGGCAGGGAAUGGAAGGCUCUUCACUUUACGUGCCUUUAAGCUUAUAUGUGUUUUGUGUUUUUGUAUUCAUUCAUUGUCAUCAGCAGCUUGCAAUAAAUAUUUUUCGAUGUGA